AUGUUGCUCAAACCAGGACAACUGCUACUUCUUGCCGUUUGGGCUAGCAGCACUGCGCUAGGCUCUCUGGGCUCUGUACCGAAGCGCGAUCUCUCCUCUAUCUCAAGCCAUUCGUCUCAUCAUAACCAUAGUACUUCCUCUCAUUCCCGCACCUCGACCACUUCGCUAGAUCUGCUUAGCUCCCAGUCUUCGUCAGAAACUCCUUCUUCCAGCACUUCGUCGUCUGUACCAUCGACCAGCUCUACCAAUAGCCAGCCAAGUAGCUCGGCUUCGCAGAAAAUCAAGUCGAGUGCAUUGAUACCACCUGGAUACACUUCAAAGACCAAUAAUGGACAAGGAUCUACUUUGACCACGUCGCAGGUCCGUUCUUCCUCGGACCAAUCUUCUCCAGGCCCGCCCUCUCAGAGCUCUUCUUCUCAGUCUUCUUCCGAAGCUUCUUCCUCUGGAUCUUCUUCAUCCGCGCCAUCAUCCCCGAUUCUAUCCUCCCCUGCAUCAUCAUCUUCUUCUGCUGGAGGAAAUGGAGGAAGCGUCGGUCCAGGAAAGGCGACUUCGGCACCCACUGCUGUUUCCACCAAGACAAUCUACACUGCCAGCGGGUCCUCUAGCGUGGCUGUCAGCGUUGUCGGUAUUCUUCCGAAUGGACAAACAACUACCGUAGCCAGCGGUGGAAGUCAGUCAGGUGCGUCGGUGACAUCUGUUCCAACUUCUGCCCUUUCAUCAUGGAGCUCUGUCGUUGCAUCGGCUACUAGCGCCGUUCAAUCGUUCGAAAAUGACCCUACCGAGUCAAACGCAAAUGCUCUGCUUGUUGCGAUUGGUUCUGCUCGCAGUAAUACCCCAUCUGGGGGAACUAGCAGCAGUUCCGUUUCAAAGGUCACAUCUGGGUUGAAUUCUAUCUAUAGUUCUGUCUCCAGUGCUUUGUCCGAUGGUAGCUCUUCAGCUUUGAGCACCGCUGCUGGCGGCCUGAGCAGUGGCUUGUCAAGCAUUUCGUCUGGCCUUGGCGGGCUGUUCGGUGGCGGCGGUGGAGGAGGAGGAGGAGGAGGAGGAGGUGGUGGUGGUGGUGAUGGGGAUGGAGAUGGAGGAGAUGAUGACGAUAACUCGACUAGCAAGUCAGAGUCAUCGACCUCGACCACAUCGUCGGACACGGCAGUGAAGGAUCCCAUGUGCAUAUUUGAAGGGGGUCCGGAGGUUCAAUCGGGAGGCUCCGGAGAAUGCUUCCAAUACACGAUAUUCCCGUCCAGCAUCUCUCCAACGACAAACGUCCCGGCGUCAACGGUGGACUCGCUUCUCUACACGCCGGUUACCACGACGGAGGCAGAUGGUGAAAUCCUGUCCUAUGCCUCUCAGACCAUCGAAUGGGGUGAAGUUCAGGGCAAGAAAUAUGCAUUCACUUUGCCCGCCGGCUCGGCCGUUACACUGCAAGCCGCUAACCCUAGCCAAACUGCCGGUAACGACAAGGGAUCCAGCAACUGUGGCUCCAUCGGCGAUGCUUGUACUAGGGCUUGGGAAAAAUACGACGAUGACCGUGUAUACGACGAGUAUACUGCAUACACUGCCAGCCUCAAAGGUGGCAUCUUGAACGCUUUCACAUUCGGACAGGCUGGUUGCACUGCCAUUUUCGAGUGUGAUGACUACGGAUUUGGUAUGACUGGAACUCAAAUCAAGAGCGCUGUCGAAUAUAUGAAGGACAACGAUAGUGUCGACCAAUGUGGUUCUACUUACCUGUCUAACAGUUGUCACAUUACGCUCAACUACUGCACAUCCUGCAAGUCCUCGAACAACUGA